GGGGUCUCUUAACAGUAGUCGUCUUGGUCCAAUCCAAUUCAAUCUGCAAGUACAGCCCUAAUAACGUAUGUACUCGUACCUUCCAUUUAUUAAUGAAGCUACUGAGAAGAUCCAAUGGAGUCUUGAAUCCAAACUUUCUUCUAGUUAGCUUUUGACUUACUGAAUUUAUGUCAUCAGUUUUGAGUCCGUCGCUAGUUAAAAUCUUUGAAGUGCACCAAUGAAGUUACAAUAUUUAGGACCUGUAUGUGGGGAGUGGGGGUAGAUAAAUUAAUUAAUGUUAACAAAGUUAGGGGCGUGUCUUUAUCAACUGUCUUUUAUCACUUCUAUAUAUACAUAUAUUUAUCAUAUAGGCCAAAGAAGACCAGAACCCAGAAUUACCUGAAUUUUGUCCCUCUCCACCUGAACCAGAUUCCUGAUUUUAUGUUAAAUGCACCAGCAACAAGAAAAAGAGAGAGAGAAACAAUUUCAAGUUUGAGAACCAUAAAAAAGACACAAAAAAUAAUUAUUGUCUUUCUAUAUAUACGAUGUCAAAUGUUACAGGAGAAGAUGGGAGUUUUUCAUCUGGAGAGUUCCAGCAAGUGCAACUGCAAAACCAGUCCCAAGGUGCCGACUCUGCUAAUGGCUCGAGCUCUAGGCAACCGCCUUCUAAGAAGAAAAGAAACUUACCAGGAACUCCAGAUCCAACUGCAGAUGUUAUUGCUUUGUCACCAAAAACCCUAAUGGCAACAAACAGAUUCGUGUGUGAAAUAUGCAGCAAGGGAUUUCAAAGAGAUCAAAAUCUGCAACUGCAUAGAAGGGGACAUAAUCUUCCCUGGAAGCUUAAGCAAAGAACAGUCGAGUCAUCAAGAAAGCGAGUUUAUAUAUGUCCAGAGCCGAGUUGCGUGCACCAUAAUCCGGCGCGUGCAUUAGGCGAUCUCACCGGAAUCAAGAAGCAUUAUAGCCGGAAACACGGAGAGAAGAAAUGGAAGUGUGAAAAAUGCUCAAAGAAAUAUGCAGUGCAGUCUGAUUGGAAGGCUCACCAAAAGACUUGUGGAACAAGGGAAUAUAAAUGUGAUUGUGGAACCAUCUUCUCCAGGAGAGACAGUUUUAUCACCCACAGGGCUUUCUGUGAUGCACUGGCUGAAGAAAACAACAAAGUUAUGAACCAAAGCUUGAUGUUACCAAAUUUAGAAGACCAAAUGCCUGAGCAAAUCUUGUCAAAUAUGCCCACAAACACAUCCAUGGAACUAUCAGAAUUCACCAACCCCCUCAAAUCUGUCCCUUCAGAACUUGUCCCAAUAAUGCCAUUCAAAUCCAUGAACAAUAUGGCAGCAGGAAGCAUGUUUUCCAGCAAUUCUGGCAAUCUCUAUGGGAACACGAGAGGCAUUCCUUCAUCAUCAUCAGCCCUUCAGCUCAAUAAUGGUGGCCAAGUUUUGGGAUCCUUGGCCAAUACGUCUGCUACCGCAUUAGUGCAGAAGGCAGCCCAAAUUGGUGCAACUUCAAGCAACAACACUAUGAACUCUCCGAUGAUGCAAAAAAGAUUUGUUAGCAGCAUGCCAGUUUCUGAUCAACUCUCUGGAUCAAGACCUUCGUUGAAUUUUCACGAGCAAUCAAAAGGGACUUUCGAUACCCAGCUUUUACAGAAGAGCCCACAAGAGUUGUCUCAGUUGUUCCAUUCCAGGACAGGUGGCUCAGCCUUGAGUGACAUGGUGGUGGACGGCGGAAUGCUAGUGGACAGUGAUCCGUAUUCUGCUGGUUUCUUGAAGAAUGUUAUGGAACAAGAGGAUAGUGAAAAUUCUGGCAUUGUGCAAGGAAGAAUGGCUAUGGGUAGGAGCCCUACAAUGAAUUCCAGUUUGGGACAUAAUGAUACGAUGACUCUGGAUUUCUUAGGCGUUGGGGGAUCCGAGGGCCCCCAAAAUCUGCACGAACAGAGCUUAGAAAUGGAGGGUUUAAACCAACAGAGAAUGCAAGUAACGCAUCCUUUGCACCAAAUACAGCUCUCACAUGGACAUUCUGAUAUGCAAAACCCCUUGUGGGAUAUGUGAAAGAGUGAUAUUCUCGUGCACGACAACGUCUGUUAAAGAUACGAAAAGGUUUGUAACACUCUACUUGACAUUUCUUGACUGUUCGAGAUUAUAAUUUUCAUAAUAAUAUAGUUUGAUUAUGUAAUUAGUAUAUAAUCUUUCGUUGUGGUA